UAUCCUAGUAUAGCCUAUGUAAAAGUAGGGCUACUACUCCGCCUAUACUAGCGCACUAUUUAGCCGUUUUGGAAGUAUCCGGAGCGCGCGCACGCGUGUACAGCCACGCCCCCUCAGCAGCUUACGGUGCAGCGCGAGCGCAGUGACAGCGGGCCAAACUACAGCUCCGCUCCGACAUGGCACGCAAAAGCGCACAACUUUUCCAUGGCGAUUUAAACAUGCUCCUUUCACCGUGUUUCACUUUUAAGCUGCCGCGUUUCUAACCAGCGCGUAUAAAGUGGAAUUACUUUGAAAAGCAAAACAGCUUGCUGAACUUUUUUGCUAAGUUUUUGAUCAAGAUGACUCAAGCUGAGAACAGUGCUGAGGGACAGACCAACAAGCGCGCCGCAGUUGAUGGCGGUUCCAGUGCAGAGACUUCUUCCUGCUCUUCCUCAGAGCCCAGUCCGCGACAGAGGCGGUGCGGGAGCAGACCCCAGCCCGAGGGCGCGCGCUCAGUCAGCAUCAUCGAGACGGACCGGGACGACGUCACUAAAGCGACAGACUUGUGCAAACAAUGUCAGGUGACUGUGGCGGAGCUCAAGAGGCAAGCGCUUGCCCUGACCGAGCCAACAUCACUGCAGGACCCUGGUUUUGCCACUUUCCUCUUUGACCAGCUACAGGUGCCAGACUGGCCAGUGCAGGUUGGGCAUGAGGGGGCAAGGUGCCCGGUCUGUGCCACCCCCAUGCAACAGUUAAGACAGCGGGCUUUACAGGCCCUCCAGGACCUGUGCACUGGCGUAGAAUUGCCAACUGUUUCAGCUCUGCCCUCCAAAACCUUCCCUGGUCAGCCGACCAGAGUGACCACCCAUGGUGUGCUCACGCUCUCCUCCAGGCCCCCUGCAUCAAGGAUCCCUCACCCAGCCCAUAGCAUGGUGCCUGUGGCAGAGCAACGGAAAGGUCUCGCCUGGGCAUCCAGCACCAAGCCAAGCGUCCAGGUCACUGUGGGAGGAGGCGCUCUGAGUGGAGCGCUCAGCUCUGUCACCAUCCAGGCCCAGCAGUACCUGGAGGGCAUGUGGAGCAUCUCACGCGUCAACAACUUCCUGCCUCAGCCAAGCCCGACACAUGGUCCUGUGGCUGAGCCUGAUCAGCCUGCUCCACUCUCAGACACGGCCGUCACUUCUGUCUCCAUCAACCCAGCCAGGCAGAGGAGUCCAGUCCAGUUUGGCCCAGCAGUAACGCUGUCCUCUAGCCAGCCUUCCUCAGCCACCACAUCCUUCUUCAUCAGGGCUGCACAGAAGCUGAACCUUUCGUCCAAACGGAAAAAGACCCAGCCACCUAUGCUGCAGCCGCCGGAGCCCUCCAUUUACCCCACCAACUUCAGCAGCAUCCUCCAGCUGUCCUCUCCACCCGCUCCACCAUGCCUGCUCAGGGCCAGCUCAAAGGCCAAGGAGAACCCCGGCAUGGGCAAGGUGAAGGUGAUGGUGCGGAUCUGUCCAUCUGUUGGGGUACAGGACUCUUCUGAGUCCAUGUCUUUCCUGAAGGUAGACCAGCGGAAGAAGCAGUUGACUCUGUAUGAGCCUUCGCUCCUGACCCAGCCCAGCUCAGGGCACCGACGUACACCACUAGCUGCCCCAAAGAUGUUCGCUUUCGAUGCUGUCUUCACCCAAGAUGCCUCGCAGGCUGAAGUGUGCUCAGGGACCGUGGCUGAAAUUAUUCAGUCAGUGGUGAAUGGAGCAGAUGGAUGUAUCUUCAGCUUUGGCCAUGUUAAACUUGGGAAGACGUACACCAUGAUUGGCAAAGACAGCUCUUCGCAGAGCCUUGGCAUUGCGCCCUGUGCCAUCUCCUGGCUCUUCAAGCUCAUCAGCGAGCGCAGGGAGAAAACUGGCACACGCUUUUCUGUACGUGUCUCAGCUGUGGAGAUCUACGGCAAAGACGAAGGUCUGCAGGAUCUGCUCUCGGAUGUCUCAACAGGCAGUCUGCAGGAUGGCGAGUCGCCAGGGGUCUACCUGCGCGAGGACCCCAUCUGUGGCACACAGCUCCAGAAUCACAGUGAGUUGCGGGCCCCCACCGCAGAAAAGGCUGCUUUCUUUCUGGACGCAGCCCUUGCAGCACGCAGUACCAGCUAUCCUGACGCAGACGAGGAGGACCGGCGCAACUCGCAUAUGCUCUUCACGCUUCACAUUUAUCAGUAUCGGAUGGAGAAGAGUGGCAAGGGUGGAAUGUCUGGUGGUAGAAGUAGACUGCACCUCAUAGACCUGGGCAGCUGUGAGAAGGUGCUUAGUAAGAGCAGGGAUGGAGGAGGCGGUCUGUGUCUGUCCCUCACUGCCUUAGGCAACGUCAUCCUGGCUUUGACAAAUGGAGCCAAACAUGUACCAUACAGGGAUAGUAAGCUUACAAUGCUGCUUCGUGAUUCACUUGGGAACAUCAACUGCAGGACAACAAUGAUAGCGCAUGUCUCAGACUCAGCUGGUGAUUAUGUUGAUUCACUCACCACUAUCCAGCUCGCCUCCCGAAUUCACCGCAUGAGGAAGAAAAAGUCCAAGUAUGCAUCCAGUUCCUCUGGAGGUGAAAGCUCCUGUGAUGAAGGACGGAUUCGCCGACCCCCACAUUUAAGACCCUUCCAUCCACGGACCGUGGCCCUGGACCCAGAUCUCCCCUCACUACUGAGUGAUCCAGAUUACUCCUCAAGCAGUGAGCAGUCGUGUGAUACUGUUAUUUAUGUUGGCCCUGGUGGGGCUACAAUUUCGGAUCGAGAACUCAGUGACAAUGAGGGUCCACCAGCCUUUGUUCCUAUUAUCCCAUCUCUUAACAGAAAGCAGCGUUGUAAGGAAGGACCAACUGACCGAGACUAUUUCAAGUGCAACACCUUUGCUGAGCUUCAAGAGCGACUAGAAUGUAUAGAUGGUAGUGAGGAACCAAGUGCUUUUGUUGGUGAAGCUAGAGGAAGCCAAGUAAGCCCUAAGACAGACAUUAUCUCAAUAAAGCCCAAGCAGGACAAUAUAUUAUCCAAACAGCCAGUUUCUGCUCACAGUAAACAGCCCAGCAGCCCCAAACACAAGUCCAAAAAUGAACAUUCCAAAUGGCAAAAUGCUUCAAUGUCAGAUGAAGAUAUGCCUGUGACUGCCUGUUGUUCAAGGGCAGAUAGUGAAAAGGUGCUGGUAACAGACAGCUUAGCUCCAUGUUCCCCAGGGAAACAAGAUAAGUCAGUAGCAUUUCAAAGCUCAGAGCCAGUGGUGAGAGAAAAGGUUUUCUACAACAAGAAACAACUACCCAAGCCUGCUCCUUCACCCCCACAACAAAGAAACAGUGCAAAGGCUAAUAGUGAAUCAAAAGAAAAGUCUGCCAUUAGGAUACCACCCAUUGGAAUGAGCCAUCAAGUACAGAAGCAGUGUGGUUCAGGUGGCAACUCCCCUCUUUUGAGCAGGGUUCAUCAUCUAAACCCCAAGACCCCACUAGAGGUGUGCCAGCUAAAGUCCACACUUAGGGAGCGGGAUAUUUUAAGGACUACUGUAACUCUGCAGCAGCCAGUUGAGCUGAAUGGAGAGGAUGAGUUAGUGUUCACCCUUGUAGAAGAACUAUCAAUUGGAAGUAUUAUGGACAACGGAAGACCCUCCAGUAUCAUAAGCUUCAAUAGUGAUUGCUCUGUACAGGCCCUUGCUUCAGGAUCGAGACCAGUAAGCAUAAUUAGCAGCAUCAAUGAUGAGUUUGAUGCAUAUACAUCCAGUGUGGGUGCCUCUCAAGUAAAUAUUGAGACGGUAGCACCAUUUUCAGAGGAAACAUUUGUCUCUUUAGACAGUCGUGGUUCUUCAAUCAGUUCUUGGCUUAGUGAAGUAAGUGUCUGCACCAUAGAGAGUGAAGGAGCACAGUCUGCAGAUGUCUUCCUUCCUGACGGUACACAAAUUAAGCCAGGAAGUGCUUUCUACCUUGAUUCUCUUGGCAUGUUUCAAACCAGUCCCCAGAAGGAACCCAAUAACUCAUUGAAUGAUAGUGGAUUUGGUUUCUCAGAACUGGAUAGUGACAGUGCAACUUCAAGUAAACUGUCACUUAGUAAAUGCUCAUCCUCUCCAGAGUCCAUAAAAGCUUCUGUCAAAAAUCCUUUAAAAAUGGCAAAACCAAAUAACAUUAAUUCAUCUCCAACCCAGACCCUGCAAGACCCUUACAGUGUCCACUGCAGUCUUCCCAGGAAAAUAAAACCUACCUCAUCCACAGUCCAGACCAGUAGCAUCAGUGAGAGCAGUAAUGGUAGCAGUUGGAGACGUGAACCACUGAGGCUAGAGGGCAAGUCAGAUGACCCAUGGCAUCGAAAAGAGAAUGUGUCAGAUUUGCCUGUGGCCUCAAAUUCAAGUCUUUCUUCCAAACAGUUUAAAAAUGGAAUGAGUGGCAUACCCACUAGAAAAGCAGGCACAGACUUUAACAGUAUUUCACGAAUACCCACAACACAGGGGUCUACUUCAUCUCAAAGGGUGGUAGAUGGAUGUGAAAAAUCCAGCAGCAUUAAAUGUCACAGCAAAAUGCCACAGCUCAGAAGAGGUGCCACCACACUUGGGACUGUUCCAGUCAUUCAUACAUCUGUUGAUGUCAAGGUUGGCCUUGACAUUGGUUCGUCAGGUAGCUGGAUGUUUUCAUCUUUGGAAAAAACUGGGAAAGCAAAUAAGCAGGACAUUAGUAUGCUGCCCAGUGGUGUAUCACCUCCUCCACCGCCGGUGCGUAAGUCCAGUCUGGAUCAGAAGAAUCGAAUAUUGCUACCGUCAAGUGCCUUAAAGUCUGUGUGUGAGACAGGAAAGUCACUGGUAUUCAGGCCUGCAAAGUCAGAGGAUGAAUAUGAUCUGCGGUACAGAGGAGACUCCCACAGUUUAAAAACAUCCAAUUUGAGGUUAGAUCAUAGUUUACUAAAAGCAACAUCAAGUCUCAAAGCCAGAGGAGCAAGAGGGGAAGCUGGACAAAUGUAUGGAAGCCAGGUAUCCCUAGAAAGGUCUGACAGUUUGACAUCUUUAGGAUCUAAACCUGUACUCAGUCGAGAGAACAGUGGAGCCAGUCUUGGUGGAAAGUCAAGCAAAUCUGUUACUAAGUUUGGAUCACCUGUUGCCACCUCUUCCCCAAUCACUACCUCGCCAAAUCCCUGUGUUAAUCAAGUCACCACGGGAAAAAAUGGGCCGAUCAAAAACAGCCUUAAUGCAAGACCAGUGCCUGUAAAUGGAAACAAAGCUCGCACAUUAUCUGCAAGCAAUUCCAAAGCCCUAAGUUCCUCAACUAAGUCUCUGACAACAUCUGCAACAAGGAAUGCUAGCCUCCCACCUUCAGGAAAGAGUGCAUUACCUCGUGCAGGAGCAGGAUGUAAUGGUAAAUCUACAAGGGGAACUAUUAUGGGUACUAAGCAAGCCAUGCGAGCAACUAACAACCGAGUAGGUGAGCUGGCAUCAGGUAGUCCUUCUGGAAAACAACCAAGGGGAUCUGGUGAUUCUGACAGUGGGAACGACAGUGGUGUGAACCUUAAUGAAGACAAGCCUACACCUAUCCCCAUCCUGCCUUCUCCUUAUAGCAAGAUCACUGCUCCGAGACGGCCACAGAGGUACAGCAGUGGGCAUGGAAGUGACAACAGCAGUGUCCUUAGUGGAGAGCUGCCCCCUGCCAUGGGGCGAACUGCACUGUUCUACCACAGUGGAGGAAGUAGUGGGUAUGAGAGCAUGAUCAGAGACAGUGAGGCCACUGGAAGUGCAUCUUCAGCCCAUGACUCUAUGAGUGAAAGUGGGAUCUCUUCCAAUAUGCGGCUCAGGAGCUCAAAACCACCCAAAAAGAGAUCAAAUGGCAUUCAGAGGCGGCGUCUUAUCCCUGCUCCUUUACCAGACACUUCCUCUCUGGGAAUGAAGGCUGGAGCCACAGGCCAGUGGGUGGACCUGCCUCCUAUAUCUGGCCCAUUGAAAGAGCCCUUCGAAAUCAAGGUGUAUGAGAUCGAUGAUGUAGAGAGGUUGCAGAGGCGGAGACAAGAACAACCAACAGAGCAGUCAAUUCAGGAUGUCGAUAAGGAUCUGCUGUAUUUUAACACAAAGCUGAAGGAUGUUGAGCGGCGGCAGCAACAGAUCAGAGAUCUCAGAAUUAAACAUGGCACUCUAAAGGAAGAACUGGAGGACACCAAAGCCAGACUGAUGAUGGACCCCAGAAAGUGGAUUGGAGAGUUUGAGGUGGACCAGGACUUGGACCCGGAGUCACAGGAGUACUUGGAGGCACUAGAGCAAGUCACGAGUGAACUGGAGUACUGCGUCAACCUAUGCAAGUCACGUGUUAUGAUGGUGACCUGCUUUGACAUCAGAGUAGCAUCGGAGAUUCAAGAAGGACCGCGAGAAGUGGAGGUAUGAAAAUAGGAUGGGAUAGAAGUAGAGAUAAAUGAGGAGGUGAAGAAGUGAGAAAGAAUCUUGGAAGUCUGAAUGGAAGGAAAAUGAAAUGUAGCAGCCUAUUCACUGAUACGAAGAACAAAAAAAAGACAAGGAAUAAACUUAAAAGACUGGUGCACUGAAGACUACAUAGAGGAGGAUUGUGUUAUCUUUGAGAAAUGACUGGUACUGGUAAUAUAUAGUGCCUCGCUCUGUGUAAUGAAUUUGAAUGGAAAAAAAGCAACAACCUGAUAUUUUUGGAUCAUCUAAUACAUUGAAACAAGACAGACUGUCAUCAUUCAGCCAAGAGUUUUUCUUGCUAUACCAUAAAGUGCCUUUGUGAUAUAAUUUCAAUCAUUAUUUUUUGUAUUGGUGCUAGUUCUCUAACCAGCAUACCUAAGCCAACCCUUAACAUAUUACUUUUAAGAAGAAAAUGAUUUUAUAUUGCAUUGUAUAGUGUAUUUAUAUGAUUAAACAGUCUGUAAAAUACAGUUUUUUUGUGGGAAGAUUAAAGGCAAGAGGAAAGAGAAGCAAUAAGCUAAUGUUAUUGCAUUUUCCUAGACUUUGCCUUUCUCCUGUAAUAUCACCUUUCAGCAUUUUGUCAUCUAACCUCUGGAGCCUUAUGUUCUCUUUCUAGUGACGGUGUGUGACUUUCUAACUUGCAUAUCAAGCAAAUCUGUGAUGUCUUUUAAAGAGCUAUGUUUGUAACACUGUUAUAAGUCAACCACUGCCAACCUUGGUUGAACCCAUGCUUAACAUAUAUCCCUUCAACUUGGACUCAGUGGCCUUGAGUAAUUUAAGGUGAAUAGAACAUGACAUGAUAAUACCUGUAUAAGAACACCUUCUAAUAUGAUUGAUGUCUUGCUUUUUUUUUUUUUUUUUACAUUUUGAUAUUCUCUUUGUAUCUCUUUCUUCUCUCAAAUUGAACGUGACUUAUCUAGCUUUUUAUCUAAUUUACAGUUAAAUCUAUUCAUUUUGUAUGACCAUUCAGUGCGAUCCGAUUUAAAAAAAAAUUAUGUUAGCUCUGGUCCUUGUUUACAUUUACUGAGACUGCAGCAGUGUGAAUUCAUCAUUGGUCCCUGUAGACUAGCUGUUGUUUGCAUAAAGCUGUUCAUGAUUCAUGCAGUCUGACAGGUUUUGUAGAAUUCAGCAAAGACUGAGAUGUCUCUCAACCAGAAGAUAAAAGUGCAACAGCUAAAAACCUGAACCAUAAAUAGUUCAAAAUAGAUAAUAAAUUUGCUUUUCAGAAGCUGAGGGAGAGGUGAUCAUGAACAAGGAACUGAAAUAGUCAGGAUUUUUUAAAUUACAAACCAUGCACUGAUGAAAUUGACUAUAAAACUCCUACAGACGUUUUAACAUUGUUUUAACGAUCCACUGUGGAUAAGAUACACUGGAGUACUAGUGCCAGGCAUUGGUUUUAUGCAUUCUUGCAGUCUGUUCAUGUAGAACCUCAAAAUGCUUUUGCCUUUAGCACAAAUGCACUGGCCUUAUUUGGAGUUUCAGAGCAUUUCUUUCUGCCUUUUUUUUUAAUGCUCUUUACAGAUUAACUUGCCUAAACUCUCACAAAUACCUCUGUAUUCCUGAUGUCAUGGAGGCAACUGUACAGGUGUAGAUUGUCCACAAUGGCUGUUUGUUAACUGUCUUUCAAAAUACAUUUGUGAGUGACUUUUGCAUACCAGCAUAAUUACGAAGGUGGUUAUUUCUACUGUUCAUUAGAUAUUUGAAAACCUUUUCCUUGUUAACCUUUACAAGUAUACACACUCAGGCCCUUUCUUACAAUGCUGCAUGAGAUUUUUUUUUCUAUUAUUAUUUCUUAGAUAUGUUCUUGUUCAUUUUUACAUGUAUUUUUUAAUGAUGAUGCUGGAGUUCACUGUCAUGGGCAGUUAUAAACAUGAAUUAACCAACUAACACCAAACAAAACUUUUUUUAUUCUAAAUGUAUGUUAUGUCAUAUUUCAUAUCAGAUCAUAUUUUCUAAUGUUUUUUUGGUUUUGUAAAAGAUUUUCAAACUGUGUAAAAAUGUAUGAUAUGGCAACUUGGUAUGACUUUUUUUCUGUUGUGAAUAAAACGUUCCUUCUUAUUGUUUUGUUCACCUCUGUUUUCAAUACCAUUAAGCAAUACUUCAAUGUGCUAUGUACAUUGAUGGCCUUAAAAAUACUUUAAAAGAAAUGUAAUGAAAUACCAUCCAUCCAUACCGCUUAUCCUACACAGGGCCAUGGGGAGCCUGGAGCCUAUCCCAGGGGACUUGAGGAAUGUGGCGGGAGACACUCUGGACAGGGUGCCCACCCAUCAAAGGGCACAAACACAUACACAUUCAUACACUACGGACAAUUUUAGAGAUGCUAAUCUGUCUACAAUGUAUGUCUUUGGACUUGGAAAGGAAACCAGAACAUGCAAACUCGGCCCACACAUGACGGUGGUGGGAAUCAAAUCCCCAACCCUGGAGGUUUGAGGCAAACAUGCUAACCACUAAGCCACCAUGCCCCAUAAUAAAAUACCAUAAAACCAAAAAAAUGCAGGUUUCAUUUAAUGGUAUUUUGUAAUUUGGAUGAAAUAUCAAUUAAAUAAUACAAAGCUUAAAAGUUUCAAAUAUGUGACAAAAAUCUGUGUACAAAAUGUAAUAACAGUCAGUUUUGUAAUCUCUCUAAUGAUUGGCUACAGUGCAAUGGCACAUUGCAAAGCAGCAUGAGUGUUACUCACACUGUAGGAGAAACUGUGGAACUGCUAUAGCUCAAUAUAGCUGGAUUAGAGGUGUGACAUCAAACUGUUAGUAUAGUUAUACAUAUAUAUUAAAAUACAGUGGCUUAUCUCAUAGGACUAACUUUGAUAUAGAACUGUAGUGUAAGUGUCGCAAGAAGACUAAGACAUAAGAAUAAGAUCUAGACAACAAUAGUUAAUUCGCUAUGUGAUGAUUAUACAUGUAAUGUUUAUUCUAUUUAUCACAUGCACAUAUUUUAAGACAUACAACACCACAAAAGCUCAAUAAAGAAAUGGAUAAUGGUAGGUAAUCCACAGGUGUUGAAUUAUGAGAAGUAAUGAGUGCUGUGGUCAUUAACUAUGCCAGCAAAACAUGCAUGCAUGCACACACACCACAAGCUACCCUGUCACCCCAUAAUCCUGUUGUGCUGCCACCUGUUCUGAAGUUUACACACCAAUGGGCUAUUUGAUCAAGGACCCACUCUUGUAUGCACACACACCCACACACCUACACCCACCCACAAUCCCCCUAUCCCCCCACCCCACCGUUUAAGACCAGCAUAAGGCCAGGUUACAGAAUCCCAGCUGAAAGAUACAGUCCAUAUUCAGUCCAGCGCAGAACACAAUGUGUUCUUGGCAGCAAACGUAAACUGCACAGUCUAAUUACUAUAUAAUAUGGUCUUCCCCAUUUAUCCGAUUAUGAUUAUGGCACUUGCCAGAGUUUUAGAGGAUAUCCUCGCAAUGUGUUCUUCUAAUACAUUUCAGCAGAGCUGCUUAAAUUUAGAUUUUGACUGCAUAUUGCUAGGUAAUCCCCUACUUACAGAGCAAAUACAAUAACCUCAGCCUGUUCCCAUCUUUCCUCCCCACUGUUGAUUUAAUUUGAUUGAAACCAGAGCAUACAGUAGUAAUGAUUUGGCUGCUCUGUUGGAGCAUCUGG